GCCCCGCCCCCCGCCCCCCCGCCCCCCGGGUUCAGCAACGGCAGCGAGCAGCGAGCCGCCCCAGCAGCUGAGACGGGCGCCAUGGACAGCCAGGGCCGGCGAGUGGUGGUGUGCGACAACGGCACGGGGUUUGUGAAGUGCGGAUAUGCGGGCUCCAACUUCCCCGAACACAUCUUCCCAGCCCUCGUGGGGCGACCGAUCAUCCGCUCCACGGCUAAAGUCGGCAACAUCGAGAUCAAGAAUAACAGAAAGAUGGACCUCAUGGUGGGCGACGACGCCAGCGAGCUGCGCUCCAUGCUGGAGGUGAACUACCCGAUGGAGAAUGGAAUCGUGCGCAACUGGGACGACAUGAAGCACCUGUGGGACUACACCUUCGGGCCCGACAAGCUCAACGUGAACACGCGCGAGUGCAAGAUCCUGCUCACCGAGCCGCCCAUGAACCCCAUGAAGAACCGCGAGAAGAUCAUUGAGGUCAUGUUUGAGCAGUACGGCUUCUCGGCGGUGUACAUCGCCAUUCAGGCCGUGCUGACACUUUACGCGCAAGGCCUGCUGACGGGAGUGGUGGUGGACUCUGGCGAUGGCGUCACACACAUCUGCCCUGUGUACGAGGGCUUCUCUCUGCCCCAUCUCACCCGCCGCCUGGACAUUGCCGGACGUGACAUCACCCGCUACCUCAUCAAGCUCCUGCUGCUGCGCGGGUACGCCUUCAACCACUCGGCAGACUUUGAGACGGUGCGCAUGAUGAAGGAGAAGCUCUGCUACGUGGGCUACAACAUCGAGCAGGAGCAGAAGCUGGCGCUCGAGACGACGGUGCUCGUGGAGUCCUACACCCUGCCCGAUGGACGCAUCAUCAAGGUGGGAGGGGAGCGCUUCGAGGCUCCCGAGGCCCUCUUCCAGCCCCACCUCAUCGACGUGGAGAGCGUCGGCGUGGCCGAGCUGCUCUUCAACACCAUUCAGGCGGCCGACAUCGACACGCGACCGGAGUUCUACAAGCACAUCGUGCUGUCCGGGGGCUCCACCAUGUACCCGGGGCUGCCGUCGCGGCUGGAGCGCGAGAUCAAGCAACUGUACCUGGAGCGCGUGCUCAAGGGCGACGUGGACAAGCUCUCCAAAUUCAAGAUCCGCAUCGAGGACCCGCCGCGACGGAAGCACAUGGUGUUCCUGGGCGGCGCGGUGCUUGCCGACAUCAUGAAGGACAAGGACAACUUCUGGAUGACGAGGGAGGAGUACAACGAGAAGGGCACGCGGGUGCUCGAAAAGCUGGGGGUGGCCGUGCGAUAAGGGGGAGCCGCGCCGACAUUCCUGCUGCACCUCCAACGCCCGCCUGUCAAAUGCCCCCCCCCCCGAAUUUUGUAUAAUCAAUUUACUAACAUCGCUUAAACUUCUACUCCACCACUUAAUUCUGCUUAACCGCAUCGAACGCGAAUCUGCCUCGACGUCUGACAAGAGAGGUUUUAUGCCUUUCCACCCCCCCCAGGCCCUUCACCCCCCCCCCCCCAUAAUAAAAAAAAAAGGGUUUAAACGUACAACAUCUGCAUUGCAUUUCAUAUCCAAAUAUUUUUGCAGGGUUUUGUGUUUUUUAGUUGCAGGUUGAUUUCAUUGGGCAUGUAAAGCCCAAUGAUACAUUCCAUUUACAAAGGUACAACCACCGCUGUCACAUUUUUAUUUGCUUAACAUUGGUGAUUAUUAUUAUUUUUGUGAUAUAAAAUAAGAUCUUUUUAAGGGAUGACAACCGUUUGUGCUGUAUAUUUUGGGUUUCCUGACAAUGCUGCAGGGAAGUGCGAUCCAUCAGAGCCCAGAUCAGUUUUUGCUAAGUGUUCUGUACGCAACACACAAAACAAAGACAAAGAUCCCCCGUAUAGCCUGUAACAGACUGCUGGGGCAAGUGCUGUUAACGAGCACCUAUGAAGGUCGGCACAGCACACGAGGGGGCGGGUGGCCAACACCACGCCCGGACGCCUUUGUCUCCCCAGUGGUGAUAUUUGCACACCACACCAGGUACUCAAUUGAGGCUGAGUCGACCUAGGGGAGGCCCAGGACCGGUUCAGAUGAUCGUCACCGGUGUUGGCCGUGAGCGGAAAUCGAACUCGGGGUGCCGGGUUCGUAGCACAGCGCGCUAACCGCUGCAGGGAAGUGCGAUCCAUCGGAGCCCAGAUCAGUUUUGCUUUGUGUUCUGUGCGCAACUCACACAUACACUCACACACACACACACAAUCUCGUUAUUGUUUGCCAUUUCUUACCGUUUUUUGUAUGGGUGAGAAAGACGAUAAAUGCAAUGGAAUGACAAUAAAAAAAACUGUUUAAAAGAUUACAA